GGAAGUCCGAUUUAAUGAAGGUCUGGUUGGCCUUAUAAUAAAAGUUUUCUCUGGAACGAAUUCUAAGGAAAUGGUGGCACAUAACGAAGUUCGGUAUAAAUACUAUAUACGGGAGAAUAGCACAAGCAUAGACAAGUUUAACGAAAUGCCU